UUACUGUCAGUGAUUUCGAAGAGAAAAUCUGUUUGGCUUAAGCCUAAAACACUCACUUUUAUAUCUCUCUCUCUAGAUUAUCUCCCUUUAAUCAAUUUCUUUUUCAAAGAAACUCUCACUCUGUUUUUGUUUUUCUCAUUCCAUUGCUUGAUCUGCAAAUCGUACUCUCUACUAUUUUUGAGUGGUUUUUGCCAAUGCUUUUUUUAAAAAAAAAUUGUUACAGUUUGGUGUUGAUGAUGAAUCGGCCUCAGAUUCAAGUUCAUAAAGCAAGGAAAAUUUUGACUGAGUAGCUCCAUUAAAAUCUACUAGUGAAGGCUAGAUCUGGGAUCUCUCUCUGUUUGACAGUUGUGCGCUUGUUUCCUUUAAAGCUUGAUUCUGAGAGAUGGCUCUGGGUGGGAGAAGAGCAAGGCUCAGGUGGAGUCAUCUCUAUACGUUUUCAUGUUAUAAGCCAAGCUCUACUGAUGAAGAACCACAUUCUAUCAAUGGGCAGGGAUACUCGAGAGUUGUGCACUGCAACCAACCUCAUAUGCACAAGAAAAAACCUUUUAAAUAUCGAUCGAAUUACAUAUCGACCACCAAGUAUAAUUUCAUCACUUUCUUACCAAAAGCUUUGUAUGAACAAUUCCACCGAGUUGCUAAUUUGUACUUCCUUGGAGCUGCAAUUCUUUCGCUUACACCUCUUUCGCCUUUUUCUGCUGUGAGCAUGAUUGCUCCCUUGGCAUUUGUUGUGGGGCUUAGCAUGGCCAAGGAAGCUUUGGAGGAUUGGCGAAGGUUUAUGCAAGAUAUGAAGGUUAAUAGUCGUAAAGUAAAAGUUCAUAAGGGGGAAGGAGUUUUUGGAAAUAAGUCUUGGCAGAAGGUUCGGGUUGGUGAUGUGGUGAAAGUGGAGAAGGAUCAGUUUUUUCCAGCUGAUUUAUUACUCUUGUCAUCCAGCUAUGAGGAUGGAAUUUGCUAUGUAGAGACUAUGAAUUUAGAUGGUGAGACAAACUUGAAGGUAAAGCGAGCUUUGGAGGUAACUUUGCCUUUGGAUGAGGAUGAGGCUUUCAAGAAAUUCACAGGAACAAUAAAAUGUGAAGAUCCCAACCCGAGCCUUUUCUCCUUUAUCGGUAAUUUUGAAUAUGAUCGUCAAGUUUUUGCUCUUGACCCUAGCCAAAUUCUUCUUCGAGAUUCAAAGCUGCGUAAUACUGCUUUUGUCUAUGGGGUUGUGAUUUUCACUGGCCAUGAUAGCAAAGUAAUGCAGAAUGCCACAGAGUCUCCUUCAAAGAGGAGCAGAAUAGAAAGGAAAAUGGAUUAUAUAAUAUAUGUUCUUUUCAGCCUCCUUCUAGUGAUCUCUUUGAUAAGUUCUAUCGGCUUUGCUGUGAGAACAAAGUACUACAUGCCAGAUUGGUGGUAUCUGCAACCCCAGAAUACUGACGAUUAUUAUAAUCCCAAAAAGCCUGGAGUAUCAGGGGUUUCGCAUCUGGUAACUGCCCUCAUACUCUAUGGCUACUUAAUACCUAUUUCACUUUAUGUUUCGAUCGAGGUGGUGAAGGUUUUGCAAGCGUCCUUCAUUAAUCAAGACAUACACAUGUAUGAUGAAGAAACUGGGAAUCCUGCUCAAGCUCGGACAUCAAAUUUAAAUGAGGAGUUGGGCCAGGUUGAUACAAUCCUUUCAGAUAAAACAGGCACUUUGACUUGCAAUCAGAUGGAUUUUCUCAAAUGUUCAAUUGCUGGUACCACAUAUGGUGUGCUCUCUAGUGAAGUUGAACUUGCUGCUGCACAACAGAUGGCUAAUGACUUUGAGGAUCAGGAUGCUAGAAGGCCAACUGGUUCCAGGCAAAAAGGAAAACAGCAAGAAAUUGAACUCGAGACUUUUGUUACUUCGAAAGAUGAAAAGGAUCGUAAAUCUCCCAUAAAAGGGUUUAGCUUUGAUGACAACCGGGUCAUGAAAGGGAACUGGUUGAAAGAGCCUAAUGCAGAUAUCAUUAUGUUAUUUUUCCGAAUAUUAGCAGUUUGUCACACUGCUAUUCCUGAGCUGAAUGAAGAGACUGGAAGUUGUACUUAUGAAGCAGAAUCUCCUGAUGAAGGAGCCUUUCUAGUUGCAGCAAGAGAAUUUGGUUUUGAGUUUUUUAAAAGAACUCAAUCAAGUGUGUUCGUCCGUGAAAGAUAUUCUGCUUCUGGAGAAGCAAUUGACAGGGAGUUCAAAAUUCUAAAUAUGUUGGAAUUUACUAGCAAAAGAAAGCGGAUGACAGUAAUUGUAAGGGAUGAAGAUGGGCAGAUUCUUCUCCUGUGUAAAGGUGCUGAUAGCAUUAUUUUUGAUCGAUUAUCAAAGAAUGGAAGAUUGUAUCAGGAAGAUACCAGUAAACAUUUGAAUGAGUAUGGAGAAGCUGGAUUGCGUACGUUGGCGCUGGCUUAUAGAAAACUCGAUGAGUCUGAGUAUUCUGCUUGGAGCAAUGAAUUUCAGAAAGCAAAAACUUCUAUUGGGACUGAUAGAGAGACAUUGCUUGAAAAGGCUGCAGAUAUGAUGGAGAGGGAUUUGAUUCUCAUUGGUGCUACUGCUGUGGAAGACAAAUUGCAGAAGGGGGUACCCCAAUGUAUUGAUAAACUUGCACAAGCAGGUCUGAAGAUUUGGGUUUUGACAGGGGACAAGAUGGAAACCGCUAUAAAUAUAGGAUUUGCUUGCAGUCUGCUAAGACAAGGCAUGAAGCAGAUAUGUAUUACAGCAAUUAGUUCAGAUGCCAAAAAUGUGGUCAAGGAGAACAUAGUGUUGCAAAUUACCAAUGCUUCACAAAUGAUCAAACUAGAAAAAGAUCCACAUGCUGCAUUUGCGUUGAUCAUCGAUGGAAAGACCCUUGCAUAUACCUUGGAAGAGGAUAUGAAACAGCAAUUUCUAGGUUUAGCAGUUGAGUGUGCAUCUGUCAUAUGCUGUCGUGUGUCACCCAAGCAGAAGGCACUAGUAACAAGACUAGUGAAAGAAGGAACUGGGAAAACCACCUUAGCAAUUGGUGAUGGUGCAAAUGAUGUCGGAAUGAUUCAAGAAGCUGAUAUUGGAGUCGGCAUUAGUGGUGUAGAAGGCAUGCAGGCUGUAAUGGCCAGUGACUUCUCCAUUGCCCAAUUUCCUUUCUUGGAAAGACUUCUCGUUGUCCAUGGACAUUGGUGUUAUAAGAGGAUUGCACAGAUGGUUUGCUAUUCCUUCUACAAGAACAUAGCAUUUGGCCUCACCCUAUUCUACUUUGAGGCAUUCACAGGCUUUUCUGGACAAUCAGUAUAUGACGACUGGUACAUGUUAUUAUUCAAUGUUGUUCUUACCUCAUUGCCUGUGAUCUCACUAGGAGUGUUUGAGCAAGAUGUUUCUUCCGAGAUCUGCUUACAGUUUCCUGCAUUAUAUCAGCAAGGACCUAGAAAUUUGUUUUUCGAUUGGUAUAGGAUACUUGGGUGGAUGGGCAAUGGACUAUAUUCUUCCCUUAUCAUUUUCUUCCUCAAUAUUGUCAUCUUUUAUGACCAAGCUUUCCGUGCUGGAGGCCAGACGGCUGAUAUGGCUGCUUUGGGAACAACAAUGUUUACUUGCAUCAUUUGGGCUCUCAAUUGCCAGAUUGCACUCACUAUGAGCCACUUCACAUGGAUUCAACACUUUUUGAUAUGGGGCAGCAUUUCGGCUUGGUAUUUGUUUCUCCUUGUUUAUGGCAUGAUAUGUCCCACUAUCUCUGGUAAUGCCUACCAAAUUCUAGUGGAAACUCUCGCUCCGGCACCCAUCUAUUGGUUAGCCACCGUUUUAGUAACUGUUGCAUGCAAUCUCCCAUACAUGGCCCAUAUAUCUUUCCAGAGAUAUUUCAACCCAUUGGACCAUCAUAUCAUCCAAGAGAUCAAGUUCUACAAGAAAGACGUCGAGGAUCAACACAUGUGGUCGCGGGAGCGAUCGAAGGCAAGACAGGAAACCAAAAUUGGAUUCUCAGCACGGGUAGAUGCAAAGAUUAGGCAAUUAACAUGGAAGUUGCAAAGAAAGCACACAUCUUCUGAAUUGAACAGUCCGAAUCUUCCAUCAUUACAUGGCUCAUGAAAUUAGUUUCCUUUUGGAGAUUUUUAGGGUCUUUUUUCCGGGCAGUUUACAGUUGUUUUCUUUUUAAUUGUUAUUGCUAUUCAUUUGCUCAUCUGUUUAUAGGUUAUAAGUCUCAUUCAUUAUACAAAGUCCUUUGGUGCUAUUAUGUACACAACUAGACGCCCUUAAGAGUUUGUAGCUAGU